CUGAAGUGGUUGUUCCCCGUGCGUUGCAAGGGCCGUGGCUUUUGUGGCGCGAUGGGUAACGAUGCUUCGUGAGUGUCACUUGUUGAUGUGUGCAAGGGUCCCUGGUUCGAGCCCAGGUUGGGGCGAAGAGAGGGACUGAACGUUACAACAGCAUUCAUUCUUUUACUCUGUUAUCAUGUUCUGCCUUCAACCUCCUCAUCGGUCCGAUCACUUCAAUAGAUGAUAAAAAGGGAACCAAUCUCAGUGAAGUCCAUGCGGCAGAAUCUGUAGCAUGUCUGAAUCGAGCCCUGAACCAGUUGAAGGACAUCUGGGAAGAAAUAGGCAUUCCAGAGGACCAGCGACUACAGAGGACUGAUGUAGUCAAGAAACAUAUCAAAGGCUUGCUGGACAUGAUGAUCGCUGAGGAGGACAGUUUAAGGAAGAGAUUGAUGAGCAGCAUAGAGUCCUGUCGCAAAGAGCUGGAUGUUCUGUGCACUGAGCUUCAACUAUCCCCCUUUGAGGAGGACGAGGGGAGGACGAUGCUGCAGCUGGAGAAAGACAUUCGGUCACGGCUGGAGGUGAUGAUGAAACAGAAGAGUCAGAGAGUUAAAGAGCUGAAGACUCUGUACAAGCAGGACCGGGAGCUGUGUGACAUCAUGUGUUCAGUUCCCUUCUGUAUCGACCUGGACUCUGUCCCAUCGCUGGAACAGUUGGACAGCUACCACUCCUACCUGAACGAUCUCACUAAAGAGAAGGAUCGUCGCCACGGUGAGUUUGUGGGUAUCAGGCGUCAGAUCAUUUUGUGUAUGGAGGAGCUGGACCAGCUGCCAGACACCAGCUUUGAGAGGGACGUGGUGUGUGAGGACGAGGAGGCCUUCUGUCUGUCCAGCGACAACAUCACAGCUCUCCAACUGCUGCUAGGACAGCUGGAGGAUCGUAAGACGGAGAACGAGCUAGUGUGUAGCUCCUACCGCACUAAGAUCCAGGAGCUGUGGGAGAGGCUGCAGGUGCCCCAGGAGGAGAGGGAUGGCAUGUCAGAUCACAUGGGCCAGUCCAGGAAAAAGAACAUGGAUGCUUUACAAGCUGAGUGCCGACGUCUGGAGCAGCUGAAGAUCAAGAACAUGAGGAAUGUGAUAGAAGACAUCAGGGCUGAGGUGGCUCUGUUCUGGGAGAGGUGUUACUACAGCCUGGAGCAGAGACAAGCCUUCACACCCUACUAUGGUGAUGACUACACUGAGGAGAUGCUGAACCUACACCAGGAGGAGCUCCUCAGUCUGAAGAAGCACUACGAGGACCACAGGGAGCUGUUUGAAGGAGUAACCAGGUGGCAAGACAGCUGGACUCUGUUCCUACAACUGGAGAAAAAGGCAACGGAUCCUUCUAGAUUUAACAACCGAGGAGGGAACCUUCUUAAAGAGGAGAAGCAGAGGGCUGACCUGCAGAAAAGCCUGCCAAAGUUGGAGAAGAGCCUGAAGACCCAGAUAAACCUAUGGGAGGAGGAGCAGUACAGAGAGUUCCUGGUUAACGGACAGCGCUUCCUCCAGUAUGUACAGGAGCAGUGGGAACUACUGCGGCUGGAGAAGGAGAGGGAGAAGAAUGAGAGACAACUGAAGAAGAACCAGCAGAUCGAACAAGACCUGCUAUAUGGUACUGCUCAACGAACCCCCUCCAAAAGACGCCUUGCAGAGACACCUACGCCCGGCAAAGCAAGAAAGCUGAAUGCCACAAGCAGUAUGUCCAGUUCUACUCCUAACAGCACUUUACGCUCUGCCUUCGGAGGAACCAUGUGCCAGUCCCCGGUCCUCAGACCACCCAUGUCUGCCAGCAAGAUUCCUCUGAGGACCCCUGGUCGUGUUGGAAGAACCCCCCGCACAGUGGAACGCAACAAGGAGAACAUCUCCCACCUGAACGGCACGGCUCUGAGCGGUGUGUUAAGAACCCCUGCCUCACGCUGUAACAUCACCGUUAACUCUGUGGCCAGCACCUAUUCGGAAUUUUCGCGAGAUCUCUCAAAAGCUUCCAAAUCUAACGUCAAGACAGGACAUCUGAAUUCUACUGACACUCGUCUCUGAGCUGAAGGAUCAGACAGAACCACACCUGUCCCUGAAUCAUCUGAGUUUCACGGUUUCUGUCCUGGUCCAUUUCUGCAUGUCCAGAUGAAGGAAAUCUGUUAACACCUACUGAAUGUAACUGCAAUGAUAUCAGAACAGAAACUUGCACGUCUCUCAGCUCAAAUGUUCUUCUAGCUCUGCUGAGGUUUCACUUGUUGUGAUCCUGAAUCCUCCAUCUCUGAACUACUGCUGUAAUCCUGAAUCCUCCAUCUCUCUGAGGGGCUCUGAGCUACUGCUGUGAUCCUGAAUCCUCCAUCUCUGAGCUACUGCCGUGAUCCUCCAUCUCUCUGAGGGCUCUGAACCUGAAUCCUCCGUCUCUCUGAGGGCUCUGAACUGUACUUUCUGGCCUCAAGUCUUCCAGUUUUAUCACCGUUUAUAUUGUCUGUGUCCCAUUUCUACAUGUCUAGAUGGAGAUGUCAACACCUACUGAAUGUACUGAACUCAUACUCUACUCAUUUGUCAGAAGAUUUGUAUUAUAUUCUUUCUUCUUGAUUUUUAAGCUUCUCUGAUCUAUGAGCUGAAUGAAAUGUUGGGAGGACUUGCUAGACCUAUGGAAAAACAGUUUUCAUUAAACGUUUAACAUCCUUUCUAUAACACUCCAAUGAUUAAAAAAAAAUUCUCCAUGUUGGUACUUAAUAUUCUUAUGAGGGCUUGUAGCAAAUAAUGAUCAUUGACUUUACACUACAUUUAAAUAGUCACCUUUUCCAUUUUUUGGGGGGGGGUACCAAUGUGACAUCACAUUGUCAAACUCCUUGACUGUUGGUGAUUUGCAAACCGUAAUUAAAUGUUUCCAAAUGAG